UACUUGCAUCGCUUCUCCCUCUCCAUAGCUACAAAUUUAGAAAUCAAUAUUAUCAUUUUCAAAUGGAGCUUUGUGGUAAUCUUCAACACUCCGAGGUGAUAAGUUAUUUUGAUAUAGCAAAGAUCUCAUCACAGCGUUAUCCAGAGAUUCAACCAUCAUUUGUUGAAGACCACAAAGAAGAAAUCUCAAAGUGUUGGACUGUCAUGAACAACCAAGGUGUACACCAUGAAUUAAUAUAUAACCAAGUUCAUCUUCAACCUCUCGUUAUUAGUGGAUGGGUUUGUAUGGAAUCCUAUUACAACCUACCGUCUGAUGUGGUUGUGAGAGUUGGGUACUAUGGCAACAACAAUUUCGCACUUUCAUCAUUUAAGGAGGUGGUGACAAAUGAAGAUUUGCCACGUUUUCACAGCAGAAGUCUAGGUCAUCGGGACAUUUGUUUUUUUGACAUGGAUGUCUUCCCUUUCAGUGUAGAUCGUCCUAAAUUAAAAUUGCAUGAGGAUUUCGCUUCGUUUCUCGGUGACUAUGGAUAUGAAUAUGUAAGACUUUGCGGUGACAAUGGAAGGAAUAAAUGCAUGACGGCAUUAAACCUUUCAGACCCCCGCCGCACUAAAUUAGGAUAUGGAUGGGACGACUUCUGCGCGGAAAACAACUUCAAACGCGGAGACCGCCUCCGAUUUAGGUUAGACGUUAAUUCUGUUGCCAAAAUAUGUCAUGUGUAUUCACUCCCACAGGUGUAGGAAAAUAUUUUCCAAAUAAUAAUAC